AUGUCCAAGUCAACCGUGUCGAGAUUGUUCCAAGUCUCAGCACUAGCUGCUCUGCUGCUUGCGUCGACGGUCUUCACCAUAUCCUCAGCCCAGGAUGUCGGCACCAGCAUCGAUCAACCCAACCCCAUCGCAGCGCAGUACCCGGGCGAUGUGACCGGCAAUCUGAAUGGCACAACUCUGAUCGUGCCUAUUGAGAUAGCCCUUGCACAAAGCUUGAUACCUCAAUACCCCAUACUAGAAUCAGCCUAUCGGUCCCUCUUGCCUACCUUCCCUGUGGGCAUGUAUCCCUUGAUGGUAUCGGCCAAGCACGAUCACGACUUGCAGGUGGCUGCUUACAACCUGUCGUCACCAGACUUUUCUCGCGCCUCGUUUGAGUUCCCGUUCAUCGAUCUCAGUGGAGACGGCGCCACUCCGUACCGUCUGCAGAACAACGUUCUGAUUACCGCGUCGAACCAAGUAGCUGUCGAUGGAGCGCGCGGUUUGGGCCUCAACGUGUUUCCGGCUGAGUUUGAUCCAACUAACGACGCAUAUCGUUCGGAUGGUCUCGGUGGGACCUACUUCAGCGCGGCUAGCGCGCAGGACGGAUCGGCCACACGAUUUCUGACCAUGUCAACUCAGCCCCCAGCGGGGUACACGGCGAGUCCCUAUCCGUUCGAGUUCAUUGAGAGCAUUACGAACCAGGUCACCUUCGCCAACUCCACGGUCUGCGACCACUAUCAGUUGCUCUACAACACGUCGCUCACCGCAGCACCUUACCAGCCCGUGUCGGUGACAGGUUCUGUCUCCGCGUUCCUGGAACCUUUCGCCACGCCGCAGACAUGGACUGGUCUCCAUGGUUGGCAGUACGCAGCCGCAUUCGUAGAGCCACUCGUGCCCGCAAUAUGUCCAUCUUCGAGUUAG